GGAUGAUAAAAGUAUCUUAUCGUCAACAUGUACGUAGCCAAAUUAUUGAAAAUUAAUUCAAAGUAGGUAAAAUGUCGAAGUAAAUAUAGGCUUAUCAGACUCUGAUUAAGCUCAUUCCUUCUUAUCUCAUUUACUAAUCAAUUAGAGCAUGAAAAUACAUCUGAAGAUUUUCUGGAUUGUUUAUCACAAAUCCGUUCUUGUUGCUUUCUCAAUAUUGCACUAGAGUUGCAUUUUGCUUCGAUAGAAUGCGAGUACAUCCAGUAGUAACUUACAUAAACAUCAAGAAUUUCAAGUGUCAACAUUAUAAAUACGCUAGUUAUUAUUUAUUAUAUUACUGUAGGUACUGUAUUUAGGAAACGUGAUCAUAACUUUAAAUUAUAUAACAUACAAAUAUAAAUAUGAUGGUAUUAGUCUAAUAGUAAGUGUUCAAGGUUCUUUGUUAUUAACUUUAGUUGCAGAAUCAUCGAGUUCAAUAAACCCUUUAAACUUUCUUAAACUGAUCAAUAUUUUGAAGUGAGCAUAAAAUAUAGUUGAAUCCAAAUAAGGUACAGAAAAAUGGAACUUUUAUUGGUGCUCUUGAAGCUACUCUUCUGCCUGGCAGUCAGCAGUGAUGCGGCCAACAUACUGGCAAUUGUACCUUUUAAAGGAAGAAGUCAUUUUAUUGUGAUACAACCUCUCCUUGAAGGUUUAGCCGAAAGAGGCCAUAACGUAACAGUAGUCAGUACUUAUCCUCGAGAAGACUCUAUUCAAAAUUAUCACGACAUUGAUCUUUCUGAUGAAAUGGGACCUAGUGAGUUGAAUCGGUUGGCUAUCGAUGACAUCAAUUCCAAAUACAGAUCACCCCUCAAAGGAAUGCACUGGAUAUGGGAGCUAUGUGAAUCCAUGUGUCACAUUGCCUACAAUAGUAGUAAAGUUCAAAACUUGAUCAAGUCACAACAAAAAUACGACUUGUUGAUCACCGAGAUAUUCGCCUCCGAUUGUUACAUACCAUUCGCUCAUAAACUGCGUGUCCCUCUGGUAUCCAUAUCCACGUUCUAUCCGACUCCUUGGCUGAACCCCAGAAUUUCGAAUCCUGACAAUCCAUCUUACAUUACACACUAUGCACUACCAUACACUGACAAAAUGACAUUCACACAACGACUCUUGAAUACAUUGGCAGUGGUGUAUGGGAGGGUAGGGUACCACUUGCUAAGUGAUUCAGCCAGCUAUGACAUGGGUAGAACAUAUUUUGGCAGUGAUCUGCCGUCAAUAUCGGAUAUAUCGAAGGAAACGUCACUCAUACUAGUCAACAAUCAUCAUUCGAUCAGUCAAGUGCGCCCUCUUGUUCCCAAUCUGAUUGAGAUUGGAGGCAUCCAUUUGAGACCUCCUCGUCCACUUCCUAAAGACUUACAGAAUGAGUUGGAUAAAUCUGAGAAAGGAAUAAUAAUAUUUUCGUUUGGGAGUGUUGUGAGGGCCUCCUCAUUACCAGCCUCAAUUGUUGAUGAUUUCAUCAAAGCUUUUGCAAGGAUCGACCUCACUGUUCUCUGGAAAUUUGAAGGCACCGUUGGGAAUCUUCCCCCAAAUGUGAUAGUCAGGAAAUGGAUACCACAAAUUGACGUUAUAGCUCAUCCCAAUGUUAAGUUGCUCAUAACACAUGGAGGAUUAGCGAGCAUAAUAGAAGCUGUAUCUCAUGGUGUUCCAAUAAUCGGAAUCCCAAUGUUUGGGGACCAGCCUAGCAAUAUUCAGAGAAUUGUAGGAAAGGGUGCUGGUCUCAAAAUUGACUACUCAGAGAUAAACGCCGAGACAGUUUACAACACCAUACAACAAAUAUUGCUGAAUCCCACGUACAAAUCCAACGCUGAGAAGCUUUCCAGAGUCUUCAACGAUAGAGAAAUGCCUCCUCUAGAAACAGCUGUUUACUGGAUUGAAUACGUACUCAGACAUAAAGGAGCUCAUCAUUUGAGAAGUGGAGCUCAAAAUCUAUCAUGGAUAGAACUGUAUUGCCUGGAUAUCUUAGCAUUCCUCAUCUUUGGAACCACAACAUUUUUUAUAGUUUCAAUCAAACUAAUAAGGAUUCUGGUGAAAUUCAUCAUCAAGUAGCUCAGAAUUGCAAGCCAAAAGUUGUCGUCUUAUAGCUCAGAAUUCCAAGCUAAAAAUUUGUCAACAGCGCAAGUGACAUUUUAUUCAUAUUCAUAUGAGAUGAAGAUCCGUGAUGAGUCACCA